CAGCUCGAUCAACACAUGAACCAGGAAGAGACACAUCAGAGUGGAGGGCACUGACAGAGAUCACAGAUGACUCCUCCUCCUUCACCUCCUGUCCCCAAACCUCGAGCUCGUUACAAGAGGGCCAGUUUGAGCUCCGCCUCAGGCGACAGGAAUGAUGAAAACAUGCUUCAUCUGAGCAGAGAUAAAGGUGCUCCUCGUCUUCCUCCUUCCUCUGGCUCUGAUCGUGGCUCUGAUCGUGGCUUCAUCUUCCCGACUCUGGUCGGUGUCACUGACAUCAUCGCAGCCAAUAUCCCAUCAUUGGCUGGGGUCGCUGCUGCUGUCGGGUGCUCAGCCCCCUCUGACCCCCCCUCCACUGACAGCAUUGCUGACAGCAUCGCCACUAACAUACCUAGCUUAGCAUCCACUGCUAAUGCUUUGGCUAACCCAGCUGAAGCUACAUCAAAGCCAGCCUCCUGUCCCACACCUGCUAACACACAUGCUGCUAGCAUUGUUAGCUCAUUAGCAAACAUCGCCGAUUCAUCAGGGAUUAUUAGCUUCAUCCCUUCAGCCCCACCACCCUCAGCUAGUAAACCCCACCCCCCCUCACUACCAAGGAUUGCACUUCCUGAAGACCAUCACACAGAUGUUGGGGCUCUGUCACAUCUGGUUAUGUCAUCUCUAGACCCGACUGCAGGAGUCAUGCUACCUUCUGUAGAGGGAGCGGCUGAACCCACAGACGAAGUUUUAAAUCCAUCUCUGUCCAACAUCAGAGGAGAAAUCCCAUAUGUCACUGUGUUGUCCUGUUGGGAUGGUGAGGAAGCUGACUCAGACUCAUCCAAUGAGGAGGACAAUACUGGAGUUAGCCCUGCCUCCUUUGGAGAUGAUGGACCAAUGGGAGGAGAUUCCCCCUCGGACACAGCAACACAUACUCAUAAGGUCCCGCCCAAUCCUCCAGGUCGUAUCAUCCCCUCAAGGCCAGCCCCGCCUCCUCCUUGUGCUAUUGGCCAAACAGAGAAGCCUGGAAAACGUGUGAAACAGAAGAUCCCAAGAACGGCAACAAUCCGAGUGUCCAGGAAGAAGACCGGCAGCGGGAGUUCCAGUCCACAGAGUGCUGUGGUACGGUCCAGCUGGUUGGACGUAUGGAAGGGCUUCAGGCACAAUGUUUUAUGGGCAACUUUGGAUGGACAGCAGAUGUCUCUGUGGAAGAAACGCACAGACCGGUUCAGUGAGGUGUUGUUUCAUGUGUCCAGUAUCACCAACGUGAAGACACAGGACAAAGGAAGAUUCUCUGUUUACUUCAGGAAGAAACAUUAUGACUUCAUGGCUCAUAGUGACGAGGUUCAGGAUGGUUGGGUUGCAUCUCUGCUGGCAUCACGAGGCCAGCCAAGCCCCGCCCCUGCCCAACUGCACGGACAAAUCACCAUUAAAGAUCCACGGAGCCGCGCCUAUGCUGCGGUCUGGGGUCACGACCUCUGGAUUUACCCCAACAAAGAGGGCUACCUGCUGGGCGUCGCCUCCUUCUCUGUCCCCCUGAACGUGGCCACCGUGAAAUCUACAGGAAAACACUCGUUUACCCUCAUCACUCCAUACAAGAGCUUCAAGUACACACCUGUCUGUCUACCUGUCUGUCCUCUGCUCUUAGGUCAGCAUCGUGCUCUGGGCAGUAACCUGUCGAAGGUACGCAGUCUGAAGAUGGACAACAAGAUCUGGACUGAACCACUGAUACAGCUUUUUGUUACCUACGGUAACCGGCUGGCCAAUCAGGUGUGGGCGGCCACAGUGCCUGCAGCAGAGCAGCUGAUUCCUGAGUCAUCUGAUGAGGAGAGGUCAAAGUUCAUCCAGGAUAAAUACAGCAGGGGGUGCUACAGACAAGUUCACCCUCUGACAUCCUGUCUCUCUCUAAUGGACCAGAGGCUGCGAGAGGUGGUGUGUACUGACGACAUCGACGAAACAAUGUCUCUGAUCUGCUCAGGAGCAAAGGUGCGUCAGUCAGAGCCUCAGAGCCCCUCCCCCAUCCUCCUGGCUGAGAGGGCGGGUCAUGCUCUGCAGAGUGAGCUGCUCCGACUCAACGAGUACACAGGUGAGGAGGAGGAGCUUCAUGGGAAACUGGAAGAAGAUCGUUUUCUUUUCUCGUUAGAAAACGAUUCAGCAGCUUGUGACGUCCUCGACCUGCGGGAGGUUCUGUCAGUGUUCAUCAAAUACGGAGAGGCCCAUGAGUUUGAGAUGGUGACGUUGAGUGAUCAGCUGAUCUGUGCAGCUGACGAUCACGACGCUCUGAUGACUCACCUGGUUCACAUCCUGAAGGUGAUUCUCCCAGGGGGUGUGUCUUAUGCGGAGGUGGGCGGGGCUUCGGCUGUCAGUAAAGUGUGUGUGGUUGAAGUGGGCGGAGCCUCCAGUCAGUCUGACGCCUGGUUGUUACUGUGCGAGGACGCCGUCAGCGUUCAUCCCGUCCACAGACACUCACAGCAGACUGUGACGAUGGAACUGAGCACGCUCCGUCACCAUGAAUUGGACCCAUCCAAAAACGUCAUCACUAUGGAAACAGGAGACAGGGGCGUGUCUUUGCGUUUCAAAGAACAGCACAGCUGUCAGUCCUGGUACAACCACCUGCAGAGAGCUCUGACCAAUCACAGCUCAGCUCGUCAGUCUCUGUACCCGGUGCUGGAUGUGGGCUCCAGAGGUUCAGUACCGCAGGGAAUCGAACGCUGCAUCUCCCACAUCACAGCCCACGGUUUGAAGGUGGAGGGUGUGUACCGCCGCUGUGGCCUUGCUGCCAAAGUGAACCAGUUGGUGGCGGCUCUGAUGACAUCACCAAGCUCUGCCCCCCUGGAAAGUGAUGAGCAGGGUGUGUUGGACGCUGGUUCCGCCCUCAAACAAUAUGUCCGCCAGCAGCAGGGUUUAAUUCCCAACGUACAGCUGUGGCUGCAGGCCGCAGUGGUUUCAGAUCAACACUCCAGGUUUAAAGCUUAUCAACGGUUACUACGGCAACUUCCUGACGACAACCGAGCCACGCUGAGCGCACUGUUCGCACACUUCUACAUGGUCCAGGUGUUUUCUCAGGUGAACAAGAUGUCGGCUCAGAAUCUCGCUCUGAUUCUCGUCCCGUCACUGUUUCACACCUUGAACCAGGAUCUGCUCACACUCACCAGAGAGUUCAUCAUUCACCACGCACUGCUGUUCCUGACAGCUGAGGAAGAGGAGGAGGAACAGAUCACGGUCUUCUGAUGGAAGAAGAAGAAGAAGAAGUGAUGGACAGAUUAGAAGUGUUGUUUGUGUUCCUGCAUUUUAAACUCAUUUACUUUAUUUACUAGUUUUUCAGUUUUUUGGGUGAAAUCAACAAUUAGUCUUAAAUGUGAAAGGUUUUAAACGUCGAAAGUUAAAAGUCGAUCGUCAGCUGCGUCUCUCUCUCUCUCUCUCUCUCUCUGUGUUUGGUUUUCUCAAAGAAACCAGAUAACGUUUUAUUCAUGCUCCUGCACUGACAGCGCCCCCUACAGUAUGACAAAUACAACAAUAUUUUGUUUUGUCACUUUGACUUUGAUCUAGAACUGAGGGAACAUGAUGGUAGAGUAAACAGUACUCAAGUAAAAGUAUUGUUACUUUAUAAUUAUAACAGCUCAAGUAGAAGUAAAAGUACUACUGAGUGGAGAAAUGAAAAAAUCAUAGACAUGAAAAAUAGAGGAAGUGUGAGGCCCAAUGUAACAGAGUAGAAGUAAUUUUUCUUCAUCAUAAAUGUAACAGAGUAAAAAGUAUUCUGCAACAACACUCAGAAGUACAAUUUAUUAAAAUAACAACUGAAGUACACGUGUUAGUACCCUCGUCUGAUCAGUCACUUCAUUUAAAUGUAUUUAAAUGAUCUGUGGAACAUUGUGUUUUUAUUAUUAAAUCAAUAAUAAUCAGCUCUGUGCGAUUCCCAGUGUGAGCAGGGCUGCCACAGUACCGUUGAACCAGGUACCUGAUGUGUUUGAUAAAAACUACAGUUUAUCAUUUAGAUCUUAAAGUCUGAGCCAAAAUAAUCAAAUCAUAAAAUAAACCAUUCUUUUCUCUCUUCA